UGCCAUUGAGCAUUGUCUCUCUCUCUCGCUCUCAUACAGCUUCGCGUAUCUUUGUCUUUGAUUCGAUUAAUUGCUUUGCGUUUCACUCUCGGCGUCGACGAGAGAGGAGGGGGAGAAAGGAAAAGAUAAAUGAAUGCCAUGCGCUAAAUCUGGAAAAGCGUUUGGAAGAAGAUUACUAUAAGUGUGAUGAAUGAGGAUUGAGCGGGGGGACAUAUAAAGGUGUCAUUUUUUUGGAAUGUUGCUUGGAAAAUCAGAAAAGGGUCACUUUUUCUGAUUUUUUUUGGGGACAUUGAACUGGUUUUUGUUUGAUUCUUCUUUUGGAUUGGUGGCUUCUAGGUUUUGUGAUUCCCACUUUGUCUUACUCAGAAUGGUUGGAGAGGAAUUCAGGCUUUGCCAAAAUAAAGCAGUUUUGAGUUUAUAUGAAUUGCUUGAAUGAAGGGAACUGGAGCUUGUGGGAGUUCAGAGAUUCUGGAUUCUAUGAGGAUAUCAUUUGGAGUUUUGAUUUCUCUCUACAAAGAAGAAUUGGAAGAUAUUAUUCGAUGAUUCUUUAGUUCAUGAAAAAGUUUUCAAUGCUUUUCAUAGUUCCUCAAGCAGUAAGCGGCAUUGUGUUUUUGAAUGCUUUAAGAACCAUGAAGUCAACUCAGGAAAUAAAUUUUGCGUGGAACAUCAGUGCCAAAAUUUGAUUUUUAGAUGACUGGAAAUCUGCCUUCUGAAUUCAGAUACUUAGCUUGAUGGAUAAAUUGUCAAAUCUCUCGAUUUCAUCCUUCAAUUUAGUGUUGCUACUGGCUAUUCUGUUUGUUCAUGGUUCUCAAGGGCUCAACAUGGAAGGGCAGUAUCUCCUGAAUAUAAAGAAUAAAUUGCAGGAUAAUCUAGGAAACCUUGAAAGUUGGAAUCCUGGGGAUGAAAUUCCUUGCUGCUGGAAAGGUGUGAGCUGUUCAAGUGAUUAUGAUCCAGUUGUUAUCUCUCUUGAUCUAAAUUCAUUAAAUUUAUCAGGCAGCCUCUCCCCCAGCAUUGGUGGUCUAGUGCAUUUAUCUUAUCUUGACCUCUCUUUCAAUAGUUUCUCCGGAAAUAUACCUCCAGAGAUUGGAAACUGUUCAAGUUUAGAAGUUUUGUACCUAAACAACAAUAAGUUUGAGAGUCAGAUCCCUCCUGAAUUAGGCAACCUGACUUCCCUGAUAUACUGCAACAUCUGCAAUAAUAAACUCUCUGGAUCUCUUCCUGAAGAAAUUGGCAACCUUUCUUCGCUUGUUGAGCUUUUAGCAUACUCGAACAACUUCAGCGGAGCCCUGCCUGGAUCCAUUGGAAAACUCAAGUAUUUAGCUACCUUCAGAGCGGGGCAAAACAUGAUUUCUGGAAUGAUUCCGUUGGAGAUCGGCGGAUGCGAGAGCAUGGAAUUCCUUGGACUCGCCCAGAACCAACUUGGAGGUGAGGUUCCUAAAGAGCUUGGGAUGAUGAAGCGGCUUAGCGAAUUGAUUCUUUGGGGCAAUCAGUUGUCUGGAAUUGUGCCAAAGGAGUUGGGGAAUUGCACAAGCCUUGUGACCCUUGCGCUUUACCAGAAUAAUUUGGAAGGGGAAAUCCCUGUUGAGAUUGGCAACUUGAAGAAUCUAAAAAAUUUUUACCUUUAUAGAAAUAAAUUCAACGGAACUAUACCAAAAGCGAUAGGAAAUCUUACUUGGGUGAGGGAAAUUGAUUUCUCUGAGAAUUUUUUGAUUGGAGGGAUUCCGUUGCAGCUGAGUAAGUUAAAGAGCUUAUCUCUGCUAUAUCUCUUCCAGAAUCAGCUUACUGGUGUCAUCCCACUUGAGUUGAGUGAGUUGAAGAACUUAACAAAGCUUGAUCUCUCAUUAAAUUUUCUGACAGGACCAAUUCCAGUUGGGUUGCAGUACUUGAGUGAGUUGCUUCAGUUGCAGCUCUUUAACAACAUGCUUUCAGGUCCUAUUCCUCAAGAACUUGGUGUUUAUAGCCGUCUUUGGGUUGUGGAUUUUUCAAACAAUAAUCUUACCGGGCCAAUACCGAGCAAUAUAUGCAAUUAUUCUAAUUUGAUUAUGUUAAAUCUUUGGUCUAACAGGCUUACUGGUAAUAUACCAAGUGGAGUCAUAUUUUGUAAAUCAUUGUUGCAACUUCGUCUUGGUGAUAAUGGCCUCAUAGGUAGUUUCCCUGCUGAUUUAUGCAAUAUUGAAAAUUUAACCAUUGUUGAGUUGGAUGAGAACAGGUUCAGUGGUCCUAUACCUCCUGAGAUAGGAAACUGCAAAGUACUGCAAAGACUUGCUCUCCCAGUCAACUUCUUCACUUCCGAGCUUCCACUGGAGAUUGCUAAUCUAUCACAGCUGGUUUUCUUCAACAUCUCAUCUAACCAAAUUGUAGGAAGAAUUCCUCCACAAAUUGUUAGUUGUAAGAGACGCAGGAAUGGGUUAUUUGGCGAAUUACCAAAUGAGCUUGGAACUCUUGAGCAGUUAGAAUUGCUUUUUCUUUCUGAUAACAAGCUCUCAGGUGCAAUACCUACCAUUCUAGGAAAUCUUUCUCAUUUAACUGAAUUGCAGAUGGGCGGCAAUGUAUUUUCUGGUGGAAUUCCUAGCGAAUUGGGCAACCUUUCAAGCCUCCAGAUUGCUUUGAAUCUCAGCUAUAACAAUCUCUCAGGAAAUAUUCCUCCUGAGCUUGGAAAUCUUGCACUUUUGGAGUACCUUUUACUGAACAAUAACCACUUUACUGGUGAAAUACCUUUAUCUUUUGUCAACUUAUCCAGUUUGCUUGGUUUGAAUGUCUCAUUCAAUGAUCUUUGGGGACCUAUUCCUUCUCUCCCGCUUCUUCGAAAUAUGGUCUCAAGCAGCUUUGAAGGAAACACUGCGCUUUGUGGCGAGCCUCUUACCAGCUGUAGUUUUUCUUCAAUUCUUUCUUCCUCUCCUGAUGCAACAUCAACUGGUAAACCCAUUGAGCAUAUUGUUGUCAUAAUUUCUGCUGCCAUUGGAGGAGUUUCACUUGCUCUUAUUGCAGUUAUAUUGCAUGUUCUAAGAAAGCCUGUAGAGACUGUUUCUCCUUUACAGGAUAGGGAGCUUUCCUCUGAAGAAUCUAGCAUUUGUAUAAGUUCGAAGGAAGGAUUUUCUUUCAGUGACUUGAUUACAGCAACAAAUAAUUUUGAUGACGGUUAUGUUAUUGGAAAGGGAGCAUGUGGAACAGUUUAUAAAGCUGUUUUGAAAACUGGAAUGACUGUUGCUGUAAAAAAACUUGUAUCUUAUAGUGAAGGUAGUAAUGCAAACAAUAGUUUUCGUGCUGAAAUUUUGACUCUUGGGAAGAUAAAGCAUCGGAAUAUUGUUAAGUUGUAUGGUUAUUGCUAUCAUCAAGGCUCCAAUGUUCUUCUCUAUGAGUACAUGUCAAAAGGGAGCCUUGGGGAGGCGCUUCAUGGGAAGUCUGUUGAUUUGGAUUGGGACACGAGAUUUAUGAUAGCUCUAGGAGCUGCUCAGGGGCUCUCUUAUUUGCACCAUGAUUGUAAGCCUCAUAUUAUUCAUAGAGAUAUCAAAUCAAACAAUAUUUUACUUGAUGAUAAUUUUGAAGCACACGUUGGUGAUUUUGGAUUGGCAAAGGUGAUUGAUAUGCCGCAGUUGAAAUCAAUGUCAGCUGUGGUUGGAUCUUAUGGAUAUAUUGCACCUGAAUAUGCAUACACAAUGAAAGUUACAGAAAAAUGUGACAUCUACAGCUAUGGCGUUGUCCUUCUGGAACUCCUCACCGGAAGAACGCCUGUACAGCCUUUAGAACAAGGAGGAGACUUGGCCACAUGGGCCAGAAAUUACAUGAAGACCCAUUCUUUUGAUUCUGGAAUUUUUGAUAGUAAAUUGAAACUUGAAGAUAAUGAUAUGGUUGAUCACAUGAUUAUUGUUUUGAAAAUUGCUUUGUUGUGCACAAAUAUGUCGCCACUAGAUAGGCCUUCAAUGUGGCAAGUCAUUCUAAUGUUGUUGGAGUCCAAAGAGAGAGUGCAGAGCUCUCCAUCCACAGUAAUUUCAGAAAUUUCAUCAGAGGAUAAUUGA